AUGACUACUGGCCCAUCUUCAAAUAUUAUUAUUCGUUUACAAAACUUACCGAAUGAGGCACGAGCUGUUGAUAUUCGACGAUUCUUUACUGGUUUGAAUAUUCCCGAUGGCGGUGUUCAUGUUGUCGGUGGUGAAAAAGGUGAUGCGUUUAUUAACUUUAGUUCCGAUGAUGAUGCCCGACAAGCUAUGAUGAAAUCGGGCAAUAUUUAUGGAAAUCCAAUUAAGCUAUUUCUAAGUAGUCGAUCAGAAAUGCAAUCGGUCAUUGCUCAAGUUCGUGCUGGUCCAUCAACAAAGCCAGUAGCUAACGUUGUUGAACCAAGUUAUCCAUCGAAUGUUGCUGAACAACAAGAACCAAAUAGUUCUAGUGUUCCAAAAUUACCAUCAGCAAAUACAAUAUCAUCGAUCCUUGCAGAAUUUCAAGCAAAAGCCAUUCAGCAACAACAGCAACAACAACAGCAGCAGCAAUUGCAGAUGCAACAACAAACACCAGCAAUUGAUCCAACAAAUGCUUUAUUAAUGGCUGUAGCACAAAAUGGAAAUAAUCCAUUAGCACUUCAACAAUUAUUAGCUACAUUAUCUGAAAAACAACAACAGUCAGCUGUUGGACAACAAUUUCCAUUUCAAAUGCCACUUAUUUCAAAUUCAAAUAAUCACUAUGCACAACCAACCAACGGAUGGAUGGGACAACAAUUUCCAAAUACUGUUCAAUCACACCGUGCAGCUGCUCUCUUUCUUCAACAGCAACAACAUCAACAACAACAACAACAACAAGCAUUAUUUCAAAAUUAUGGCCAAGAAAAUAAUGCCUAUCAAACGACUAUAACUGCUGAUGAUCCUUAUAUUCGUGUUCGUAAUAUUCCAGUCGGUUAUAAUUAUUAUAACAUAAAACUUUUAUUUUCCAAAUAUAAAUUAAAUCUUUCUGAUAUGAAAAUUAUCAAUGAUCAAAAUGGUCAACGAACAGGUGAAAUUGUACUUCGUUUACAUACCAAUAAAGAUGUAGCUGAUCUAUUAUCACAAGAUGGUCGUAUUCAAUGUUUUAAUUCAAUGUUAGAUAUAAAAAAGAUAGACGAAUAUACAUUUGCAUCAGCUAUAGAUUCGUAUAUUCCAGCUCAUAUUAAAAAGACUCCCGGUGCAACAAUAAAAAAUUGUAUGCGUGUUACUGGGCUACCGAAAAAUUAUGAACGUAAAGAUGUUAAACGGUUUUUUGCUGGUUGUAAUGUCACGGGUCGUCCAGGUGGCAUUUUUAUCGAAGCUGAUACAGCUAAUGGACCGACGUUUGUGGAAUUUGAAACGGAAAUCGAUGCUGACAAAGCAUUUUUUUACAAUGGAGAAAAAAUUGUUUUUCUUGCUGAAGGUUUAUCAACCAUUGAAAUGUAUCGUAUGACAAAAUCUGACAUGGAAAACGAAAUAAAUUCGUUGAAACGUGGCCCGGAACGUGUUCCACGUCGGCCACCAUUGCUACAUCAUGAGCCAACAAUGGGAAAUAUUCGCCCUGAAAAGAAUCCACAUUUAUUACCAACGCCAACAUCAUUUCAUGGACAUUUAGCAUCGCCUAUUCAAAAUUCAACAUUUCCAAUGGCAACAAAUCAAAAUCAAGAUCAAUCAGCUGUUUGUCUUCGUUUAAGAAAUAUUCCUUAUUCAACAACGGAACAACAAAUCUAUGAAUAUUUUGCUGAUCGAUCAAUACAAAUUGAUAGCUGUAAAAUUCUCCUCGAUCGUUUUAAUCGUGGUGCUGGUGAAGCAUUAGUUUGUUUUCAUGAUGUUCAAUCAUGUCAAAUAGCUUACGAAUCAAAAAAUCGACAAAUUUUCUACGGGCGUACAUUAGAUUUACGACGCAUAUCCUUCUUUGAAUAUCAAAAUGCAUCGUUGACACCUAUGUUAACAGCUAAUGAUUUAGUGUCACCUGCAAAUAUCAAUCAACGUUUUCAACAAGUAAAUGCGAAACGUCAUCCACCGUUUUAUGAACGAGACGAUGAUAGACGCAACGAUAAACGACCCAAAUGGGAUGGUAAUCAUAAUGAUAAAGAACCCUAUGGAUUUAAUCGAAAUUCACCGCGAAUCAAUAAAGACGAGCAAGGACAUGAUAUAAAAUUAUCUGACGAGAAAAAAAUGCCCAAUGAUCGACGUUCAUCAACACCACCGAUUGCUGCCCCAUCAACAAAUCUGCCACCAUUACCAACUGAAUUAAAUGAUUAUAUUGGUCGUAUAUUAUUAUUAUCGAACGUUCCUUAUCGUGCAACACGUGAAGAAAUUCUUGAUUUUCUUCGUCCAUAUUUGCCAGUACCUGAUACACUUAAAAUACGCUGUGAUGUUAAUGGUAAACCAACAGGUUUCGGCGUUGUGGCAUGUGAAACCACAAACGAAGCCUCACGUGCUGUUACUGAACUUAACAAUCAAAUGUUUAUGUCCCGAAAAAUUUUCCUUCAACAAAGAUAA